CCAGUGGAGGAACAUGAAAUGUUUCUGUAGGACCACCAGCGUUCAAAUCUCCUACAAGUCCAUGCGAGCUGGCGAAUAUUGCUCUACUUCAUUCCUGAAACAACUCUACUGUAAAGCAUACCACUCAGCCCAUGUGAAGGAUGGUAGGAAAGCAGCUGUUACUGCCCAUGAUACUAAUGUCUGUGCUGACAUCAUAUGGGCAGCAAUUCACAGAGGACUCCUGCACUGUUCAGAUCCUGGUCCCUGGACUUAAAGGAGAGCCAGGAGAAAAGGGACAAAAAGGAGUACCAGGGCGUCCAGGAAGAGUAGGACCUGCUGGAGAGACAGGUCAACCUGGUUUUAAAGGUCAGAAAGGCAUAAUGGGACGUUAUGGAAAAGUGGGCCCAAGUGGAAUGAAAGGGGUGAAGGGCUACAUGGGUGAUCCAGGUCCAAGGGGCCCUAAUGGAGAUCCAGGUGUUCCGUGUGAGUGCACACCACUGAGGAAGAUGAUCGGAGAAAUGGACAUUAUUGUGGACCAGCUCUCUUCUGAACUGAAAUUCUUAAAAAAUGCACUGCCCUCCCCUGCAGCUGUUGCUGGCAUAAAAGAGACAGACAGUAAGGUGUAUCUGUUGGUGAAGGAGGAGAAACGCUACGCCGACGCUGAGAUCUACUGUCGGACGAGGGGAGGGCAUAUGGCCAUGCCCAAAGAUGAGGGAGCCAACGCAGCCAUCGGCGGGUACAUUACCGAAGCGGGUCUAAGCAGGGUCUACAUUGGGAUCCAUGACCAGCAACGUGAGGGCGUGUUCACCUACGCCGACCUCUCUCCCAUGACCACUUUCAGCAAAUGGAGGAAAGGAGAGCCCAACAAUGCCUAUGACGACGAGGACUGUGUUGAGAUGGUGGCUUCUGGGGAGUGGACGGAUGUGGCGUGCAGCCCUACCAUGUACUUUGUUUGUGAAUUUGACAAGGACAGUGUCUGAGUUCAGUCUAUGUUAAACAUACUGCAUAAAAAUGGGAAAAUUUAACAAAGAAGUUCGAUAUAUUCUGUUUCUUUUCUCUGUAAAUAGGAUGACAAAAUGGCAUGCUCAAUGGUUUGACCCUUGUUGGGACAGACAAUGAGUUAUCUAUCCAUCUAUAAGUUCUUUAACCUAGUGUAUUUUCUAUUUUCCCCCAAUAAUCUAUUUAUUUCUUAGCUCAUAAAACAUCUGGAGUAGGCCUAUUUGUUCUUUUAGGGGAAUGUUCCUUAUUUUAAGAACCCACUUAAUGUCACACUCUGCUUCAUUUCAUUCACACAGCAUGCCAGCUAAUGUAUUGGGCUUUUGCUAUGUUAUACAAACUAUUCACUGAGCACUUAUUUGCAGCAGUGCUGUCAUUAAACAAGAAUAAUAAGCCCAUAUAGAGCGCUGUAGUUUGCGAAUAAAAGAUGAAAUUGAAGAACUUUUGGUUUUAUGGGUGCAGCCAAUCAGAGAAGUUAGGUACUAUAUUCAUAGUUUUAAAAUAUGUUAUGUGUCACUUGUUGUAAAAUAGAUUCACAAUUAAUUAGAAAAGGAGAGACAGUAUCUGCCUAUAUUUUAUGCCUAUGAGCAGACACUCGUAGUGCAGCAACUGAAGGCUAAAAGGCUAAACCAUAUCCAUCAGUGAGACAGCCCCACCCAGUGGAUUAAAACUAAACUGCACUGUAACACUGGGAUUAAAAAAAGAAACUGGGUUUGUCUGUUCCCUCCCUAGGUAUUUUAUUUACUAUGAGUAUUUCAUUUGUCAUAAAUAAAGGAAAAGGGUUAAUAAUAAAAUAUCAAUGCUUCUGUAGCACACUCUGUUUUGACUCUGAAAUCAAAGCUGUUAAAGAUUCAGCCAUCAUGCACUCUUUGUACAUACACCUUGGGCUUUCCCUACUUUUAAAAAUAUUCUGUUUAAAAGUUGUCUUCACAUAAUGCAAGUAUCUGAAAUAAAGACCAGAUAGAUACAUACAAUAUGGAAUGUCUGACUUGCAGGUCACCGGAUGUUCUCGAUCUCUGAGAGCACUAUAACACACACUGUCUCACAUGGCUGUCCAAUAACAAGUCUGGUUCUGCUCAAGGUUUUAUGCUUGGACCUCUGUUGAUUAUUAAUCUUUUCUAAAGGGUACAUGUAUAAUAUAAACACUGAGUAUGUAAGGUUAUUCUCUCAACUAUGUUGUAACACACUGUAGCAGAGUCUUAUCUCUGUAUAUCUUUAAUUCCAUACCAUAACUCACUGAUAAUAGGUAAGGCCUCCCGAUGUACAUUGGAACGUUUUUUAAAUGCUCUCAAGUAUUAACUUAAAGGUCAUAUGUGAUGUUUUCAAUCUCUGGUAGCACUAUGACACUCUGUUGGUCCAUCCAGUCUAGCAGUUGGCUGUUUACCAAUGUGUCUGUUUCUGCUCAAUGUUUCUGCCUGUUCAAAUAAAGUUUUUCUUUUCCAUUUCCCCCAA